GAUGAAGAUCCAUUGGUUGUUAGAAUGGUGCGUUGUCGCCUGUAUUGUACAUAAAUAUUUACAUGGGAGAUAUUGCCUAGAAAUCGUGUUAUGUGAACAUUUUCAUAUAGACUGAGCGCGGCAGCACUAAGGAGGGCGGGUGGCUAUGUGACGGCUGGUUAUACCCCGUCUCGGAACUUUCCCCAUACGUAACUGACCCGACUGGGUUAGGUUCUCGGUUUGGUAAAUGCGGUGUAGGGUAGCAAGGCAACUCUCAGUAACGCGGCCUAACUAGGAACGCUACAAUAAUAACCUCAUCCCAUUACUAUAUCACCAAUAAAUCAUCAUGACAGUCACAGAGCUAGCAUGGCUUACAGCUGUCCACGGGCCCGCUGGGGAUGAGGCCAAGGAUGCUACGAACCAGGCCCUAACCUUCCAGGAUGAGUGGUGCGCCCGCAACCUCCCGACAUUACCGAAGGACAGAGAAGCCCGUGGCGUAGGCCUCUUCCGGCAAAUCGAGGAUCCAUCUAUCACCCUCCUUACGGCUCACUGGGAAUCCGUCUCUCAGCAUGGGCUUUGGCUAGCUUCCCCCGAGAACAAGACUGCCUACCCGGCUCUCAAGGAGCAUUUCACGCUGGAGAAGACAGUCGUAUCUCACCUUGCAGACGCCGAGUUCUUCGAUGCAUCAGGGCCGGACGGCAAUAUCUCCUUGCUGAAAAGUCCCAUCGUUAGUUUAAGCAUCGUAACCAUUCCGGCUGAGAAGCGUAAGGCAUUUGAGCAGGCUUGGGUUGAAAACAAGCACUUAUUGGACGCAUAUACACCACUAGUCAAGUUCGGCUGGCGCAUCGAAAAGGAAGAUGAGAGUUUGGAGCAGUUUGUUCUGUCUUGCUCGUGGCCAAGCGUUGAGAAGCAUAUGGAAUUCGUAGGAGGAAAGGACUUCCCCCAGUUCUCAGCGGCACUCAUGUCCUUUGCGAAGGAUACCGAGGCCAAGCACUACGAGAGGAUCCUGUAAGACAUGAUUAAGCACACAACAAGAACUUCUCGUUUGCUCUUUGGAAAUAAAGGCCCUGAUCGCGGGAUUUUGUGCAAUUGUUGUGAUUUGUCUACAAGCGUAAUCGUGCUCGAGAAACAUCAAUUCGGAAGGUAUCCUUAGACGCCGCCUCAUGAAAAUACCAGCCCAGCUACAAGAGCAUAUGCAUCACUCCCCAUUGGUCCUCGAUGACCGCGUUCGUAGACGCCUAUCCGUCCAUCAUCCUAAGACUUCCCCAGUUGCGAUUGGUAGUUUUCCUUUCCCCGGACGCGUGGUUAGAACUUAUGCCGUGUGCUUGCCCUUCCUGUUCUUCUUGGGAACCUCCUUGAUUUGUAGGUCUGUGGUUAUAAUGUCAGUGAUUAUUCGAAGCUUCAGUUUGCGAAG